CUCUACAGAGGAAACAAUGAGUUCAACACAACAGGACCAACAUGGAGCGAGAAGUCAGGAGGCUGACAAACCUCACAGAAGGAAGGGAGGAAAACAAUACACCUGUGAUCAGUGUGGGAAGGAUUUUACCUGGAAGGGUAAUCUUAAAAGACAUCAACUCAUCCACACUGGAGAAAAGCCGUACACCUGUGAUCAGUGUGGCGAGGAUUUUACCCAGAAGGGUAAUCUUAAAAGACAUCAACUCAUCCACACUCGAGAGAAGCCGUUCAGCUGUGACUUGUGUGGAAAGUCUUUUAGCCUGGCUCGACACUUAAAAACACACCAACUCAUCCACAGUGGAGAGAAGCCGUACAGCUGUGAUCAGUGUGGGGAGGAUUUUACCCAGAGGUGUCAUCUAAAAAGACAUCAACUCAUCCACACUGGAGAGAAGCCGUUCAGCUGUGACUUGUGUGGAAAGUCUUUUAGCCUGGCUGGACACUUAAAAACACACCAACUCAUCCACAGUGGAGAGAAGCCGUACAGCUGUGACUUGUGUGGAAAGUCUUUUAACCGGGCUGGAAGCUUAAAAAAACACCAACUCAUCCACAGUGGAGAGAAACCGUACAGCUGUGAUCAGUGUGGCAGAGCUUUCACUGACAGUAAUAGCUUAAAGCGUCAUCAAGUUACCCACUCUGGAAUUAAGGCAUACAGCUGUGACUAUUGUGGAAAAAGUUUCAGCCGCAUAGAGAGCAGAAAUACACACCUACUCAUUCACACUGGACAUGAUGUGUACAGCUGUGAUCAGUGUGGCAAAAAGUUUGGAACAGACCAACAAUUACAACAACACAUGUUUACCCACACUGAGGAGAGACCUCAUAAAUGUGACCUGUGUGAUACGCCUGACAGACACGAGCUGCUCAAACAGGAGCUGCUCAAACGGGAGCUGCUCAAACGGGAGCUGCUCAAACGGGAGCUGCUCAACAGGAGCUGCUCAACGGAGCUGCUCAAACGGGAGCUGCUCAAACACGAGCUGCUUCAACUGGAAUCAUAA